GCAAUGCCAGCAUCCCAGCCACGGUCCAGGGCCAGAGACAGGAACAAUGUCCUCAACAGGGCUGAGUUCCUCUCCCUGAACCAGCCCUUGAAGGGGAACCAGGAGGGCAGGAGCUCCAGCAGGAAGCAGAGCGGCCAGGCCGGGGCAGCCGGUGCCCAGAGCAGCGGCCCCAAGGAGCGGCGGCAGUCGCAGCAGCUGCCCGAGGAGGAUUGCAUGCAGCUCAACCCCUCCUUCAAGGGAAUCGCCUUCAACUCGCUGCUGGCCAUCGAUAUCUGCAUGUCCAAGAGGCUGGGAGUGUGUGCCAACAGAGCCUCCUCCUGGGGAGGUGCCCGCUCCAUGAUCAACCUGCUGGGGAUAACGGGGCACGGCAUCCCCUGGAUUGCGGGCACGCUCAUCUGCCUGGUGAAGAGCAGCACGCUGGCAGGCCAGGAGGUCCUCAUGAACCUGCUGCUAGCCCUGCUCCUGGACAUCAUGAUCGUGGCAGGUCUGCAGAAGCUGGCCAAGAGGAAGGGCCCCUACGACAUCAACCCUGGCCUGUUGGACUACCUGACCAUGGACACCUACGCCUUUCCGGCCGGGCACGCCAGCAGGGUGGCCAUGCUCUCCAAGUUCUUCCUCAACCACCUGGUGCUGGCCAUCCCUCUGCGCAUCCUGCUGGUGCUCUGGGCCCUCUGCGUGGGCCUGUCCCGCGUGAUGAUUGGGCGGCACCACAUCACCGACGUCCUCUCCGGCUUUGUGUUCGGCUACUUGCAGUUCAGGCUGGUGGAGUUGAUAUGGAUGUCUUCCAACACGUGUCAGAUGUUGAUAUCCAUCUGGUGA